UAUUGUGAACUUGAAGGUCAUCAUAUAAAAGAUCACACGGAAAACAGCCAAAUGGCAGGCAUUGUGCCAUCUGGUUCCAGGACAUAAUUGAUCACAUUCCAUUUCUGCACCUCGGAGACUCGGACUCACUAGAGCCAUCAUCCCAGCAGAAGUAGUCCCCCUGCGGCCAUAUUUAUGCCUGAGCUGCAGCCGUACGUCAUCUUUCACGCCCAGCGUUAAUCCGUUUCUCCAAAUCAUGAUAUAAAGGUGACAGCCCUCGAAAACGAGGUGAGGCUCCAGGCCUACUCGUUUCUCGAGUCUGGUCCCCCCACUUGCAUUUCAUAGCCAUGCCUGCAGAUUUGCUCCCUCCAUCUUAUUCCAAGUCCAUCUCCGCCCCAUCCUACUCUCCAUGCCCCCUUCCGGGGGAGCAUACAUUUUCUCACUUCAACUCACGCUCUUCGACGAAUCAUCAUGCAACCGCUUUCACGUUCAACGAACCUCUUGUCUCUUUCAAUCUGAAGAACUGUCGUGGAGUAAACGGUCUCCCUACGUAUGCUCAAGGUGAUCUCGUGCAAGGCCAUGUCACUCUGGAGGAGAGAGAAUCGGUCUUAUCUGUAGCUAUCAAGCUCGAGGGUCAAAUGCUCGCAACCAUGACCCGUUCACACAGUGUUGUCCUUUUUUCAAACGUACACACACUUUGGCGAUGUGACACCUCGGCUGAUAAGUUCUGCCCAAGGUCCAUUCCAUUCUCUCUCGUCUUUCCUUCGGCGUACAACGAUCACGCGCUCAAGCAGAUGUGCCCUUUGCCACCAUCUUGUAGUUUCUCUUGGCCCCAGGCUUAUUAUGCACCAUGUCCUGAAGUGUCAUGUGUUUACACAAUGACCGUGAUUGUAAUCAAAGUGCAUAAUCGCCUGUUCCUGAGGAAACACACGAGGACGUCAUCUGUCACUGCGACUUUAAUUUACAGCCCCGUUUCACGUCCCUUUCCGUCCAUUCCAGUUUCCAGGAACUUCAGCGGAUGUGAGAAGUCUUCUGGGGAAUGGCAUAAGGAGACUUGGAUAUCCAAGGCUAGUUCAGGGGCUUCCAAGCUUUCGCCUAUACAAUGCCAAUUUUCGUUCCCAUCCUCGCGAGAUUUUGGCGCAUCCGAAACGAUACCCUUCCGUCUUCGUCUACACGCCCUUCCAUCUUCGCUGAAGGCCCUCCUCAAAUACAAUUCCCCUGUUCGAGUCUCCCUCACUCGACGAAUUAUUAUCAAAUUCCCCGAAAGCAGAAUGUCGGAAGAGUAUGUACUCGGCGACGGACAACUCGACCUCCGUUCUUCCCUUUCUGUCUUGAAUGCGUGCGGUGCGGAGCGUGUCACGCUAGAUUGGGAUGGCAAAUUGUGUUGUACCAAGCCUGAUGGUAUUACCAACAGCGGGUUCGUUACUAACGAAUUAACAGUCCAGGAUUUCAUCACCGUAUCUCUGGCCCCAUUCAAGUCUUCUUCACUGGAGCUCCAACGCAAGAUUCCGAUCAACCUUGUCGUCAAACCUUGAGGGCUCACAUGAAAUUUCAACACCCCGACUCCCAGUCACAGUUCAACAGACAAGGCAGAUCAGUACUCGAUCAGUUUGCACACUGAUGUCAUUAGGCAAAUAUAAAUGUAGCUGCGUCCCCUUCAUCAACAUGUAUUAAUUAGUUGGGGUGGUAGCUUCAGGACAUUUUCUACUCUUUCAUCUAACUUAUCACAAUGUGGGGGUGGGGGCUAGCCAAAUUCUCCUCACGAUCACCAGUUUAUGAUUACAUAUCACGCUGAGGUGGACGAACGCCACGGACGUCUAGGUACGAUCGGAGAUAUCAUAUAUCAUGUUGAAGGUUUAGGGGACAGUAUUAUGUACCUUCUUUCAUUUGCGAUAGCGAGGUAGUUUUGACACGUGGACCUGCUUUGUACUUGUACGAUUUUAUUUCUGUGCCACACUCAUUGUCAAAAUGAUCAUAUUCGGAACAGA